AUGGGGAACUGCAGCGGCAAGGAAAGCACCAAGGCUCUGCCCCCAGGUGAGGUGGUGGUGGCAAAGGAGACGGAAGUGGCAAAGGAGACGGAAACCGCCAAAGCCGAGACGCCACAGGACACCACUGCAGAGGUUGUCAAACACGGGCCCAACCGCAUGCACAUGAGGAAGCUGUUACUUCGCCCGACGCCGGCAGUGCCGCCUGCAGAGCACGACUUCCAGCCCAGAGCUGCUUCCAGCCCACCCAGAUCUCAGGUCAGCCUGUUUGAGGAUGCGGAUUUCCCCGCCUCCAAUGCCAGUAUAGGUGCAGUGACGGGCGACGCCGCCAACCCCCUGGUCUCGGACUACCUCCAGGAGGCCAUGAAGCUGAUUGUGCCGGGUUGGGCGAGACCGCGGCAGAUGAUUGGCAAGGAAGCAGGAGACUACCGGCUCUUUGCGACGGAGGGUGAGCCUUGCCUCUUUAAGCACGUCUCGCCGCGAGACAUUGAGCAAGGCUACUUAGGCGAUUGCUGGCUCGUGGCCUCCUUUGCCGCCAUUGCCGAGUACCCGGACCGACUGCGAUCUCUCUUCAAGCAGAACACCCUCACAGAAGACGGACGCUACGACGUGCGCCUCUACGAUCCCAAGUCCGAGGAGUGGAAAGUGGUUACAAUCGACGAUCGCCUUCCCUUCUGGAAGAGACCGGGAAAGCACGGAAAUCUGGUCUUUGCCAAGCCCACGAAGGAGAAUGAGUUCUGGACUUGUCUGCUGGAGAAGGCAGUUUCCAAGUUCGUCAAAUCCUAUCAUAGGAUUGAUGGUGGCUGGGAGUCUGUGGCAUUGGAAAUGUUGACGGGCAAGCCGUCUCUUUGCGUCAGCCUCAGCCCCUUUGCAGGCGGCACACAUGCACCGUACACCAUCCUUUGCGGUAAGGACCAGGCUUCAGCAUCGCAUGCCACAGUGUACAUGCGACUUGAAAGCUAUGACGGAGCCUGGGACUACUGGACUCAGGAUGCUUCCGUCAUGUGCGAAGGCCAGACGGAAAUCAGUGACAACUGGCUUUGGUCCAAGCUGAUGUCCUGGAGUUUGGAGGGGCACAGCAUGGCCUGUGACUCGCGCCAGGCUUACAAGGGCAUUUUGGCGAACCAUGCCUACACACUGCUGAGGAUGUUGGAGGUGCCGUAUACCCGUGAGGGCAAAUCCCACACGCUCAGGAUGCUGCAUGUCCGAAACCCGCACAAGACAAAUGAGUGGUUCGGUCGCUUUCAUGAUGACGACUGGGAGACCUGGAACAAGUUCCCUGAGGCCAUGAAGGCGUGCGAACACAAAGUUGGGAUCAAGGACAACGGAGUUUUCUGGAUGGAUUGGGAUGAGUAUAAGCAGGGCUUUGCCCACCUCGUGGUCAACUUUGAUAAGGCGCGUGAUGGCCCGCGAUACACAGACUCCUCUCCAGAGGCGCAGAAGGAGCAUCAACAUGUUGAGUUUGGGCCAAUUGGCCACCAAGCUUGGGGGGGGUUGUAG